AUGGACCCUGAGUAUCGGGUGAGGAAAUUCUUGGCCCUCUUGAGAGAAGAAGGCGCUAGCCCCCUGGACUUUGAUUGAAAAUGGAUUGUUUACAGCAGUGACCAAGGGAAGUGACCAAGGUGAAGAUGGCCUGGGAUCGUCACUCAUCGUCCUCAAGACACCAGACUAAGUGAAACAUUCACCGCCCUCCCCACACUUGCUCAGCAUGACUAGCGCAGUGAACUCCCUCGUGUUUUUGAGACAUCCUAGUGUUUCCCGGAAGGUGUUGACUUGCUUUAGACUGCUCUGCUCACCCUCCCGUGCUAGCUCAGGUGAUCCCUGCUUAUGUGGGAGGCAUGCUGCACCUGUGCACAUUGCUCCUGCCACACCCACCCCCCAGAAGACACUUGGCCUAGCAGAAGGUAGGCUUCCUGAUGUGACCAAGAACAAAGGCACAAGUUCCGAGGGACUCCCUUAGCGUUCCUCUGUGCCAACAGCUGUGUGUCUGGCUAAAAGGUUCUUCCAUAGAAUGGGCUAUUAUCUUUGCCUAGAGAAGCAGGCUUUGAAUAUCCAAGAUGCUGUUCUCAAUCAUAUUCAGAGAUAUUUCCAAGUUGCAAUCAGGAGAGCUUUCCUAAUCGGAAGUCCGAUCAUUCCUGUGGUGGCUGUGAUAUGCCCUGAGUGUAAUUAGUUUGCUCUGUGGUAAGAGAUAUGCUAAUCAUUACCACUUGGUAGAUGCUGUUAAAACCUUAUGAAAGAUACAUAUGGAAAGCUGUACAUCCCUAAACAGAAAAAAAUAUUAAAAUAAUUUACAAGCCUCUCAGCUCUAAUUAGUGUCCAACUCUAAGUGGGUCAGCUCCUUGGGAUGACGUCAGAGGCUUAUUAGUGCCAUAUUCUUCCUUUUCCUCAGCUGAAUGGCUUAUAAUUUACUCUCCUCUAUCUCAAGUGAUCUGUAAUGUCUAAAGCACAUAAGUAAAACACUAUUAUCCAGCAAAACAAGCCACCUCCUAGUCCUCUCCCUCAGGCCUUGAAUAUCCAUUCCAGUGUACUCAGUUCUUCCAAAACAGGAGGGGCUCACCCAGCCCUUUGGAGGGUGAUUUGUCUAAUCAGUGGGUUAGAAGAAAUUUAAUUAGUUCGUCAUUCUCGGUGAUGAGUCUUAGGGAGCAUGCCCCUCUCCCCGCUGCUGCUGAAAAUACAAAGACAGUGAUCAGAAGUCAGCCAGGAGGCUUGAUGCCGCAGGGGCACCUAGGUAUGAUCCUGACACUGUCCCCACAGUAGAAGGCAAAUCAUCUCCUAAUUUGCUGUCUGUAUACUUUGUUUUGGGUUCUCAUCCCUGGCUUAUUUUGUGGCUUUAAGAGUGAAUUGUGUUGUGAAACUGUGAUGCCUGUGGCCAGUACUGUGGUCCCUGUCCAUCACCAUGGUCCCUGUUGUCUGUGGUCCUGACUUUCUCCUCCCAACAAAGCCGUAUAUGGACUAACUUAUGUUUCUUGUUCAAUGAAGUUAAUGUCUUGUGUUUUUGCCCAAAACUAUAUUGAAAAAGAUAAAUAUUAUAUUGUGUAAUGCAAAUUGAAGGAAUGCAAUAAAGAGUAAAUAUACUUGAAA